UUUCGAAACUCUGGUUAAUAAAUUCCAUCUAUCAUACACUAGCUACUGAUCCAUACUUAAUCGGCAGUUAUUCUCAUCUUAAUAUAUAUAUAUUAGGUGAAGUAGUAUUUAAAAAACGAAAAAAAAACAGACACAUCCAAAAUAAGCUGGAGCUGGAGCUGGAGCCUGGAGUGCAGCGGAGGGUGCAACUUUGAUAUUGAUAAUCACCAAUCGGUCGGUCAGUGUAGCCGGGAGUAUUUUGGGGCUCGGCAUCUGCCAUGGCUGCCGCUGUCUUCGCCUCACGAGCUUUAACUACGAAGCUGAGGGUGAGGGCCAUGUUUCUUUCGCACAACUCUACUUAUUCUAUUCCUUUCAGAAUCAGCUUCGGAGUCUUCUCUCUUGCCGCUCCUUUCAACCCCUCAGCUUUAGCUAUUUGCACCUCGGCACAGGCAGCUACGGGUGAUGUAAAUAUUUCCCUCAAAGGAUUGGGAAACAAGAAUGCAAGUGAAGAUGUCAAGAGAAUUCUUGAAAUGGCCAAUCGGGCUGUUUUAAGACGAGAAAUCUUACAUACAGAUUUUCUCACUCCUCCUGUGCUAAAAGAAUCCAUGUUAGCAUUAGAGAAGUUCUCAGAUAUAAAGAUGGUUGCCCAAGGAGGAUAUCCAGAGGCUGAGCGUUUUCGGCUUUCAGUUGGGCAUCCGGAUAUUAUGACAUCCAAUCCAGAUACUAUUGCAGCAAUGAGUAUCUCUGGGAACUUUGGAUUUGAAUCUCAUUCUCAUGGCGACUUCCUUGGCUCAAUUCUUGGAACUGGGAUUGUGAGAGAGAAGCUAGGAGACAUCAUCAUGUUGCAGGGAGAAAAGGGGGCUCAGUUUCUUGUUGUCCCAGAACUUGUAGAUUUCCUUGAGUCAUCACUGGAUAAGGUUAGGAAUGUUUCGGUCACCUGCAGAAGGAUACCCUUGGAUGAGCUCAAAUACCAGUCACCAAGGACCAAAUCUUUGAAGACUGUAGAAGCAUCACUAAGGCUUGAUGCCAUAGCUAGUGCCGGUUUCAAGAUUUCGAGAUCGAAAAUGGCUAAUUUGAUCAGCAAUGGAGAUGUACGGCUCAACUGGGCUACAGUGGUGAAAAGCAAUACAAUUGUUAAGACAGGAGACAUGGUCUCUGUAAGUGGCAUAGGGAGAUUAAAGGUUGGAGAAAUAAACUCAACUAGGAAAGGGAAGUACACAGUCGAGCUCAUACGGUUUUUGUGAGGACUUUCAAUGCGGGGCGGAGGGAGUAUUGUUUAUCUCAACGAUAUGUGUCAUGAAAGACUCAUUAAUAUUAUUAUUACUUAAGCUAUUGUAUUCAAUCAUAUUUUAAAGACAUUUAUAGAAUAUGUCCUAUAUAUUGUGUCUUGUAUGACUGAAAUAAGUGUAGUAUAUAUAAAAAAUGUAAAAAUACAUACUGUUAUUGUACUGAAAAAAUUCAAUUCGGUAUUAUUCUCUA